GAAACACAUCCGGGCAUUGAGCGGGUAUCGUCCAAUCACAACCGCCUCCAGAAGUGCCGGGGCAAAUAAUAUACUUUCAUAUGUAGAAAGAAGCUGAGUAAAAGGUAAUAACUGUAAACACAUUUUCCAGAGGAGCAUCGACUGGGUUACACUUUCAUCCGCCUCACGCGACAGCGGCAUGGAUGCAGAGGGUUUUGGGGAGCUGCUGCAGCAGGCAGAACAACUAGCUGCUGAGACCGAAGCAGUGUCUGAGCUACCGCACGUUGAGAGGAACCUACAGGAGAUCCAACAGGCAGGGGAGAGACUUCGAUCCCGCACACUGACCCGUACAUCGCAAGAUGCUGCAGACGUAAAAGCAUCGAUCCUCCUCGGUUCCAGAGGUUUAGACAUCUUCCACAUUUCCCAGAGAUUGGAAACUCUAAGUGCUGCCACCACAUUUGAGCCCUUGGAGCCAGUUAAAGACACUGACAUACAGGGCUUCUUGAAGAACGAGAGGGACAACGCCCUGUUGUCAGCCAUCGAGGAGUCUCGCCGCAGGACGUUCCUGCUGGCUGAAGAGUACCAUCGUGAGUCCAUGCUGGUUCAGUGGGAGCAGGUGAAGCAGAGGGUGUUGCACACGCUGCUCGGAGCAGGAGAAGAUGCUCUGGACUUCAGUCAGGACGUGGAGCCGAGCUUUGUGAGCGAAGUGACAGCUCCAGGAAGGAGUGCGCUGGACAGUGUGGAGGUUGCCUAUGGACGACAGAUCUAUAUCUUCAACGAGAAGAUAGUGAAUGGUCGCAUUCAGCCAAAUCUGGGAGAUUUAUGUGCUUCAGUAGCUGAAAGCCUGGAUGACAAGAACGUAUCAGACAUGUGGCUAAUGGUGAAGGAGGUGACAGAUGUGUUGCUGGUUCCAGCCAAAGACACCCUCAAGAGCCGCAUUAGUGUUGAGAUGCAAAUGGCUUUCGUACGUCAGGCGCUGAGCUUCCUGGAGAACACUUAUAAAAACUACACCAUGGUGACCGUCUUCGGGAACCUCCAUCAGGCCCAGUUAGGAGGGGUGCCUGGAACGUACCAACUAGUCCGCAGCUUCCUCAACAUCAAACUGCCAGGGCCCCUGCCUGGCAUGCAGGACGGAGAGAUCGAGGGCCACCCUGUGUGGGCUGUGAUCUACUACUGCCUGCGCUGUGGCGACCUGAACGCCACCAUGCAGGUGGUGAACAGGGUGCAACAUCAGCUGGGAGACUUCAAGACCUGGUUUCAGGAGUACAUGAACAGCCCAGACAGACGCCUGUCGCCGACUUCAGAGAACAAACUCCGUCUUCACUACCGCCGAGUGCUGAGGAAUUGUGCCGACCCCUACAAGAGAGCCGUCUACUGCCUGAUCGGGAAGUGCGACGUCAGUGAUAACCACGGAGAGGUCGCGGAUAAGACUAUGGACUACCUCUGGCUUAAGUUGAACCAGGUGUGUUUCGAUGAUGACGGCAGCAGCUCUCCUCAGGACAAGCUCACUCUGCCACAGCUACAGAAACAGCUGCUGGAAGAUUACGGCGAGUCCCACUUCUCUGCGAGCCAGCUGCCGUUCCUGUACUUCCAGGUGUUGUUCCUGACAGCUCAGUUUGAGGCGGCGGUGGCUUUCUUGUUUCGCGUCGAGAGGCUUCGGAGUCACGCUGUGCACGUGGCGCUGGUCCUGUACGAGCUCCGGCUGCUUCUCAAGUCGUCCGGUCAGAGCGCUCAGCUGCUGAGUCAGGAGCCCGGUGACCCUCCCAUGGUACGUCGCCUCAACUUCAUCCGCCUGCUCAUGCUUUACACGCGCAAGUUUGAGUCUACGGAUCCACGGGAAGCUCUCCAGUACUUCUACUUCCUACGCAAUGAAAAAGACAGCCAGGGAGAGAACAUGUUCAUGCGCUGCGUCAGUGAACUUGUCAUCGAGAGUCGAGAGUUUGACAUGCUGUUGGGAAGAUUAGAGAAGGAUGGCAGUAGGAAGCCUGGAGUCAUAGAUAAGUUUGCAGGGGACACCAGAGCCAUCAUCAGUAAAGUGGCUCUAGAAGCCGAGAACAAGGGCUUGUUUGAGGAGGCGGUUAAACUCUACGAGCUGGCCAAGAACCCAGACAAGGUGUUGGAGCUGAUGAACAGGCUGUUGAGUCCGGUCAUCGCUCAGGUCAGCGCACCGCAGUCAAACAAGGAGAGGCUAAAAACCACUGCAGUGGCCAUCGCUGAGAGGUAUCGAUCUCAGGGAAUAGCAGGAGAGAAGUCAGUUAAUAGUACUUUCUACCUGCUGAUAGACCUGAUGACGUUCUUUGAUGAGUACCAUGCCGGUCACGUCGACAGAGCCUAUGACGUGAUGGAGCGAUUGAAGCUUCUUCCUCUCAGUCAGGAAAGCGUAGAAGAGAGAGUGGCUGCUUUCAGGAACUUCAGUGAUGAGGUCCGUCACAACCUGUCUGAGGUGCUGUUGGCCACCAUGAACAUCCUCUACACACAAUACAAGCGCCUGAAGGGGGCGCCAGCAGGCACACCAGGACGACAACAGAGGACCAUAGAGGACAGAGACAUGCAACUGCGCAGCCAGGCCAGAGCUCUGAUCACCUUUGCCGGCAUGAUUCCCUACAACAUGGCUGGAGACACCAACGCAAGACUGGUGCAGAUGGAAUUACUCAUGAACUGAGAUCAACAUCGACACAAACUCACCUUCCCUCCAUAAACCUCACCGAAGGCCCAGGCAUCCACACACUCGCCCAUGUCUGCCAUUCUGUUUGGUACAAGCUACCGCGUUCAUCAACACUUAUUUCACCCAUCUGUGUUCCCGUUAUGUCUGUUGGUUUUGUUCUGUUGUUGUUGUUGUAUUUUUUUUCCCCAUUUUGUUGUUUCAUAUUUGUAUCUUUAAUGAUUUGGAAUAAAAAAAAAAAGUUUACAUUUCAGUUGUCUUUUUAUUUUAUAACAUUUAAUGUCCAUUACAUUUAUUUUUAUUUCAUUUUGCCUGAUUUUGUUUAAAGAUUCAUUAAUUAUAUACUGUAAUUGAUUCGUCUACUUCAAAAGCUAGAGCCUGGGCAUGAUUUUAAAAUUUUCUUUCAUAAUUUUUCCAUUGGUUAUUCUGCAACUGAUUUUAUUUCCUCAGUUCAGGAAGUUAAGAGUGGAAUUAUUCCGCUUUGUGAGCCCAUCUAAAUGAAGGGUUUCCUUCGCAUUAACUUCCCCCAGAUGUUGAUAUACAACAACUACAUCACUUCACAAUCCGUAUGAGUUUAGAGCGUUAUAAACUAACGAAAUGUUUUAUUUCUUUCAUUUAAUCAUUUCAUUCAUUUUAAAACCGUAUCAUAUAGGAAACAAUGUUCAGAGAAACUAGAACAUACGAGUCAACAAACGCUAAACUUUGUCAUCAUGUGUUAAUUCAGCUUUAACUGGAUUUGUUUCUUGAAUGGGCACCGAGUGAGAUGGAGCCCAAUUAUUAUUAUUAUUAUUUUUCCCGAUGAUACAGAUUUUAAGUUGUUCCUCACAGUUCUGAGUGUCGCCGGCUGCAGCCAUGAAUGUUUCCGCAGGCUGUAGUGUGGUAACUGUGACACAUGCUGUCCCCCAGGCAGAUGGUCUUCUGGCUUUGAGCUCGGCUGAAGGACUGCAGGGAUAUUUCUGCCUGUAUUAGAGGGGCGAUCUCUGGGGUAACAAAAGGAGGAGGGUGUUUUGUUGUUUUUUUUUUUGCUUUAAGACAAGCUGCUGAACAUGUUGUAUUGGGCCAGAUCACCAAAGUUUUGCAUGUUCUGUGGAAAUCAGCUCGUAUUUUCUCACUUUUUUGGCGCCUUUUUAGAAUCUCCCACCUCACUUUAUGUUACUAUGGCAUAAACCACCGUGUCUGUCAGCAACUAUUUAGACCUCCAUCCUAGCAACUGCAACCUACUUAAACUGACAAUGCUGCUGACGGGCCUGCCAAGGCUUGGUCCAACAUGAGGUAUGAGGUUUGCAAGAAACAAACACCCUCCGUCCCCUCUGUUAAAUCCGUGGCCCGCACUCUCUGUCCUUCAGUCUGGCCUGAGAGAACACAGAUGGAGGCUCGUUCUGUUUUGGCUGCUCCACAUAACUGUGUCUGAGAAGUUCAUCUGUUACCACGAUCGGAGAUGCUCCGAGUUCUACGUCGUCCUCUACGUUGCUUUUGUGCUGAAGCGUUACUUUGUCUUUAGGGUGUUUUAAUAUGUAUUUGUCAGGGUUAUACGAGGCUUUAUUUUCGUAGCUGGUGGAAGGCGUUUAAGCUGUUUAUAUCCACGUGCUUCGGCGUCGAGGAGACGAGCUGCCUCUCAGGUGCGCGUGCUGCAGCUGGUGUUGUGAAUCAGGCCGACGACAGACACCUCCUAUAACCCGGCUAUUUCACAACACCAGGGUGGCACCGCACCACUGCCGACGAGAAGGAAGAACCACGACGCUGCAAGUCGGCGCUACAAGUACAAUUUGUAGUAGAAUCAUCAGUUAUUUCAUUCCAUCCAUUCUUACCGCGUUUUUCUGCCUUACUUUGCCAAAUUGUGGGCUAAAUUCAGCACUAUGAUGUACAGUAUCUGUCAGUUAAUAAAGAAUACUUUUAAUUUA